AUGAAAAUGUCCGCUUCCGCUGCGGCCGCCUCCCCCGCCCUCCGCUUCCCCUCCGCCACUCCACCACUAGCUCCUCUCCGCCGACCGCUCCGACGGCGGCUCCCGUCCGUUCGGUGCUCCCUCGCCGCCGCCCCCGGUGUCCGGGCGCCACCGGAGCUCGUCGACUCCAUCCUCUCCAAGGUGAAGGGAACUGACAGAGGAGUGCUGCUGCCUAAAGAUGGGCACCAGGAAGUGGCUGAUGUCACGCUGCAGCUGGGGAAGUACUGCAUAGACGAACCCGUCAAGUCCCCGCUUAUAUUUGGAGAAUGGGAGGUCGUGUACUGCUCGGUGCCAACCUCGCCAGGAGGGCUUUACCGGACGCCUCUCGGCCGCCUGAUAUUCAAAACUGAUGAGAUGGUUCAGGUGGUGGAAGCACCUGACAUAGUGAGGAACAAGGUGUCUUUCUCCGUCUUUGGCCUAGAGGGUGCAGUAUCAUUGAAAGGUAAGCUGAAUGUGUUGGACAGUAAAUGGAUUCAGGUCAUAUUUGAAGCCCCGGAAUUGAAGGUCGCUCGCUCGCUCAUCUUCCGCACUGAGACGGUGUCGAGACGCCAGCGGAUGCGCCCCGCGACCUCCAGUGACUCUGCCAGUCCCCCUCCCUUCCGUCUCCGCGAUGGGAGUGGGAGUCUUUCCGUGGCGGUGCAUAUGCGGGCCCAAGCAAUCCUUCAGCAAGAGUCGAAGCGCGUCCGCGUCCGCCCCUUCACCUCUUGGCAAGAGAUCCAAAUACUCGGGACAAUCUAUGAAAGCAAUGCCCAUGCGUUUGUUAACGGUUGGAAAGAAGAGGUCUCGGGGACACAACUCCUUGUUGAAGAAUACAAGGAGAAGCUCGGUUACUAUUGCGAUUUCGAGGACACACUUAUCAGGUCUAACCCAAAACUUACAAGUGAUGUAAAGGUGCAAGUUGAAGCAGAAGACGCGGCUAUGAUGCAGCAACUCAAGUCUGAUGAUUUUGUGGUUGUGUUGGAUGAAAAUGGGAAGGAUGCCAUAUCCGAACAGAUAGCUGAUCUGAUUGGGGAUGCUGGCAACACAGGAUCAUCAAGGCUCACAUUUUGUAUUGGUGGACCAUAUGGUCUUGGGGUACAAGUGCGAGAGCGUGCGGAUGCAACAAUUAGGCUGUCCUCACUAGUUUUGAACCAUCAAGUUGCUUUGAUAGUUCUAAUGGAGCAGCUCUACAGGACUUGGGAAAUGGAAGAGUCUGCAUGCAUGAAUUUACAGCUUCCAGCACACAGCAUGGACACUGUAAACAAGAUGAAAUUCUGCUGGGUGCUUUACUGGUUGCUGGGCGGCUAUGAGCGGCUGCGUGCUUCAAGCUGUAAGCAAGAAAGACCUCGUGCAGCUUUUACCAAGGAAUAUAAGCUAACUGCAACUAAAGUUCUGCAAAAAAGAACGGCACACCUGAACAUUCUGCCAAGAGAAUGGCUGAGAUCAUGCAUGUCAUAA